UUAAGUUAAAGUUUUAAACCAUUUAUUCAAUUAAUGAUUGUUUAAUACAUUUAAUAUGAGAUGCAAUCAAAUGAAGCCAAAAGCGAUUCGUGCCGUCGUUUUCAGUUCACUAGUCGUCAAAAUGAUAUCAAUUUCUCCAUAAAUAUAAAUGAGAAAUACUCGACGUCUUAUGGAUACCACGUCUGGCCGUCGGCACCCGUUUUGGCACAAUUUGUCGCACAUUUCCGGGAGGAAUUCAAGGACAAGAAUAUUGUGGAGUUAGGCGCCGGCACCGGAAUGGUUGGUAUAGUUGCCGCUAAAGUUGGCGCUCAGGUGGUGCUGACCGACUCUCAUCAAUACCCGGAAUGCUUACGACUUUGUCGACAAAAUGUUGACAUAAAUGGCGUGAAAGACAAUAUUGUCGCCAUUGAAUCAUUAGAUUGGGGACAAUUGGAUGAACACGUACUCCAAAUGCCGGCAUUUGAUUACAUUUUAAGUUCCGAUUGUUUUUACGACCAAAAGGACUUCGAAGACAUAUUGAGUUCGGUAUCGUUUCUAAUCGAUAAACACCACAAAAAGGGCACAAUUUUCUACACAACAUAUCAGGAAAGGAAUAGCGAUUGGAGUAUUGAAUGUCUUUUGAACAAAUGGGGCUUAAAAUGUGAUUACAUUUGUUUGGAUGACUUCGAGGCCAACACCGGGUGUAUCGCUGGAAGUGAUAUAUCCUCUAAACAUACCAUUCAUUUGUUGAAAAUUACUAAACAUUUAGAGAAUCAUUGAUUGCUGUUUUUGUAUAGAAUUGUCAUUUUAUUAAUUCAUUUAUAUAAUUGUUAUUUUAUUAAAAUGUAUGGCUAAAA